AUGCAGACCAAAUGCCCAACCAACAUUGAUCGGAGGACAUGUCGGCGAACGGUACCGAUGAAGGUACUCGUGCUAGGCAUGAGCCGAACUGGAACGGAUUUUAGGAGGGCCUUGCUUAAAUUAGGGUAUUGCGAUACAUAUCAUGGGUAUACUGCUGCUACUGAGAAUCCUCGCGACUGUGAAAUGUGGCUCGACGCAAUGGCUGCUAAAUGGGACGGUGUUGGAAAACCAUUUGGCCGCGCAGAAUGGGAUCAACUUCUCGUCUUCGCAAAGGAGCUUAUCGAAGCGUACCCAGAAGCGAAAGUAAUUCUUACAAACCGCAAUGCCGAAGAAUGGCACAGCUGGCAUGUACAAAGAUCUGUGCAAGCCACCCUUCUCAACAAUGUCUUUCACCCCUGGUCCUCGGUCGUGGAUACCCUCGCCAUCCUCACCCACAGCCCCAAUCGAUUCACCCGUAAGAUGUUUAUCCGCGCCUUUACGGAUUAUUUCAACGGGGACUUUCAGCGCCAUGGAAUUUCCGUGUAUCACGCUCAUUACAAAAUGGUACGGGAAAUGGUACCGAAAGAGAACCUGCUAGAAUAUCGUGUUCAGGAAGGUUGGGAACCGUUAUGCAAAUUUCUCGGACGCCCCGUCCCUCAAGGCAAACGCUUUCCAAACGGAAAUACAGGGAAGGAAACAACAAGUAGAAUUUGGGCCUUGGUGAAUAGUGAAUGUCAGCGAUUGCUGGGACUUCUAUGGCCUGCCGUAGGGGUGAUGCUUAUUUUCCAUCUCUUUGGUGUGGGUCGAUUUAUUGAAGUUGUGAUUUCAGUAAUAACCACAGUAGAGAUAUGA